AUGGACUUGCUGCCGUUCCAGCGACAGAUCAUCGAGGAGUUGCUCGAGCCUGCUAACGAUGGAUUGCUCAUCCUCGCCCGUGGCCUUGGUCUGCGCCGUAUCGUCUGCCGCUUCCUCAAAGAAUUCAAUGAGCGAUCGGGCACCCCACAGCUCAUCCUGCUGCUCAACCUGCCCGAGGGUCAUCAAGAGGACGGGAUCAAGGAUGAGCUGGCUGGCUUGGGAGGCAUUGACCUUGAGACCAUCACUGGCACCACGCCGGCUCUCGAAAGAGCAAAGUUGUAUAGAAGAGGCGGCAUACUCAGCGUCACAGAUACCGUCAUGAACGGAGACCUCAUGGACGACACUGUCCCCAUCGAGCUCUGCAGCGGCAUCGUCAUCUGGAAUGCGCACGAAGUCAGGAAACCGUCGCAUAUCGAAUUCAUCGUGCGCAAGUUCCGGGAGAAGAACAAGGUCGGCUUCUUGAAAGCAUUCAGCGAUCAGCCGGAACUCUUCACACAUGGCAUCGCGCCGCUUGAAGGAACGCUCAAAGCACUCAAGAUUAGACAAGUAUUUUUAUACCCUCGCUUCCACGAGCUUAUCAAGAAGGACCUCGAGACGAGGAAAGCCGAUCUAGCCGAGCUAUGCGUCGGGCUUAGCGAAGCGAUGCAAGAGAUCCAGCAGGCCAUCUUUGAAUGUAUGACCGCCACGAUCAAUGAGCUCAAGCGCAGUCAUCUUACCAUUGACAUAGAGUCCUUCACGCUUGAGCACGCCCUUGUCCCCAGAUUCGACGAGGUCGCACGCGCACAAGUGUACUCGUCAGGCGGAAAGUCUUCCGGCAACACGGCCGGCUUGCUCGAUGACAUACGCACACUCAGAGGGUUGCUACUCUGUCUGCUGACUGAAGAUUCUGUUUCGUUUUUGCGAAGAUUAGACAUGAUCAAGAUGACCAAAAUCAGGAAUCCGGCAGGCAAUGUUCGGCAAAACGUAUCACCCUGGCUCACACUGCCUGCUGCUGAUCUCAUCUUCAGCAUCGCCGAGCGCAGAGUGGCCGUCAGACAUGCAGCCAGUGCACAACCUGCCGUGACGCGCAAAUCACCUUCGCCCGACGAGUUCGACGGAAUCACAGCGGAAGAGGAAGAAGCUUUGCGACUAUACGAUCCCGCACCGGGAGAGUCUAUGCAGUCCAUGAGCGCAAGCGGACUGACGACACGGCCCGCAAACGGCUUGCCGGACCUCAAGGACGCCAGCAAGCCCUGGUGGAUACCAAAAGACACGGAACUUAUUCUCGAGGUCCAGCCAAAGUGGGAGGUCCUCGCACAGACACUGGCGGAAAGCGAGAAUCUGCUCUUCGACGCAGACCCGCAACCAGACAUCGCUUCGACCGAUACGAUCCUAGUGAUGUGCAAGAAUAGUCAAACGAGCAGUCUGCUCAAGCGAUACGUGACAGCCGAUCGAGACGCAGAUACAUCUCUGCCGAUGGCAGACCAAGUCAUGCUGACGCUGUACCAGCACUAUUUGCGCGACAAGAAGCGGGCAAACAACAUUACCCGAAACUUGCGAAAGAAGCCAGCAAAUGGGACAGCGGCGAACGAUCACGGCAGUGUAGAUAGUAGGCCAAAGACGAGCGCGGCGCUACAGCGCAAGCAAGAAUAUAAGCGAGGCGCACCUGCCAACAAGCGGCGGCGGACCCGCGGCGGCGCUGCUGUCGCCGUGCCACGCGGCGACACAGACAGCGUCAUCGACUUGGACGCAGAAGCUGCGGCACUGCCGACGAUUGCUGCUAAGGACCUCGACCCCGCAUUGGCCGACUCUAUGAUAGAAGAUUUCGACAAAUUGGCAUUUGAUGACUACUUUGGCCUCAUAGAUCGAGAAGAUAUCGUCAUCAUCAGACCAUACGCUGGCGAAGACGACACAAUCAUGCUAGAAGAACUCAUGCCAAAGUUCAUUAUCAUGUACGAGCCAAACCUCUCCUUUGUUCGACAGAUCGAGGCGUAUCGCAAUUCCCACCCAGGCGUCAACAUCCGAGUUUAUUGGAUGACCUACGACACUUCGGCGGAGGAAUCUCUCUAUCUUACGGAGAUACGAGCUGAGAAGGAUGCUUUCGAGCGACUCAUCAGGGAGCGGGCGAGCAUGGUCAUCCCGCUCGAGGCCGAAGUGAGGCCGGGCGAGGAGACCAACGAAGAGCUCAUCAGAACAGUCACUUCCCGUAUAGGGGGAGGUGGUGUCACACUGGCUACGGGCAAGCCCAAGAUCAUAAUUGAUCGCCGAGAAAACAGAGCACAUCUGUACAAUGUUCUUGACUCCCAGGGAGUACAGCUACUGCCACUCACACUGGCUGUCGGUGAUUACAUAUUGUCGCCUGAAAUCGCUGUCGAACGCAAGAGCAUACCCGACCUCAUCUCAUCGAUGAACGAAGGCAGGCUCUACGCCCAGUGUGAACACAUGGGCACGUAUUACGAGCUGCCUAUACUGCUCGUUGACUUUGAAGAACGAGAGUUCAGAUUAUCGGCCCAUGUCGAGUCCAAGUUCAGCGACGGCGCUGACGAGUACGACCUCGAGUCGAAGCUGAUUCUCCUUACGAUGCAAUUGCCUCGUCUACGAAUCAUCUGGUCCAGCUCGCGUUAUCAGACAGCGAAGAUCUUCGCCGAGCUCAAACAGCAACGGGCCGAGCCCGACCCCGAGAAGAUCAAGCUAGUGGGCGAGGAAGAAUGGGAAGGUGACAAUGAGCCCUUGAGGACCAAUGCGCAAGGACUCGCAGUCGGGCCAACCGGCGCGCCGGUGCGACGCGAAUAUCGCGAGCUUUCGCAGAAUCAGACACCUGUUGAGAUCCUUCUGUCGCUUCCUGGCAUCAACACAAAGAACUAUCGCUAUGUCAUGGGCAAGGUGACCAAUCUCGCCGAGCUGGCACAGAUGUCAGCAGUAGAGUUAGGCAUUCUCAUUGGCGUGGAAGCAGGCAAAACUUUGUGGACAUUCCUCAACAAGGACACAACCACUGCAUGA